AUGUGCACCGGGGGCUGUGCCAAGUGCCUGGGGUGCACCCUCCUUCCACUCUCCACAAUUGCUUUCCUGUCUAACAUCCUGCUAUUUUUCCCUGGAGGAAAAGAGAUAGACAACAUCCACCACCUUUCCCAAGAGGUCUGGUAUUUCGGAGGAAUAUUAGGGAGCGGGUUCAUGAUGCUCUUACCCGCUAAUAUGUUGUUGGACCUGAAGAACAAUGACUGCUGUGGGUGCUGUGGCCUCAAGAGCUGUGGAAAAAGAUUUGCGAUGUUCUCCUCCAUAAUAUUUGCUGUGAUUGGGUUCUUGGGUGCUGCAUACUCAUUUGUCAUCUCACUCAUCUCAAUCAGGAAGGGUCCUAAAUGUCUCAUGGACAAUAACGAGUGGGGCUACCCCUUCCAAAAUGGGGACUACCUCAGUGACAAAUCGCUACGGAGCAAGUGCCGGGAGCCCGAGAAUGUGGUUUCCUGGAAUCUCACCCUCUUCUCCAUCCUGCUGGUCAUAGCGGUGAUCCAGAUGGUUCUCUGUGCCAUCCAGGUGGUCAAUGGUCUCCUGGGGACUGUGUGUGGAAACUGCUGUCGGGCCCCUCUUCCUGGCCCCCAGCCCGGAACAGCACUCGGGUGUCCCUUUAUCAGCUUCCGCGGGGACUGGGCUGACCACGGUGAGAGGCCCUUCCCGUCCGACCGCAGCCAUCAUGCCCCCUUGCUUGCCCAGCUUCCCGUUGCUGCUAAGGGCUGCUUACCUCUCCCAGAGAAAGAGAAACCUUUUCUGUUCGUGUCUGAGGCAGCAGCAAAUUCCUGA